UGUAUACCCGCUCUCAGACUUCCCAGCUCUCAUUCUCUAGAAGAUGGCGGACUGCGUUUCACUCUUAGAUGAGGAGCUCUCUUCUUUUGUCUUCAAUUACCUGACAGAAAACUCAGGCAGCCAGUAUGGGGAGGAGGAGGUCUGCUCGGACCGCCUGGACGCUGACUUCCCUGACAUUGACCUCUCUCAGCUGGACGCCAGCGACUUUGACUCAGUCAACUGCCUCAGUGAGCUCCACUGGUGCAACGACAAUGCCGACAUCUCCCCUGCCUCCAUCCAGUACAGCACGGGAGACCCCGAGCUCUUUGAGAUAGAAGAUGAGAAUGCAGCGCUGCUGGCUGCUCUCACAGACAGCCUGGACGGCAUGGUGGAGGACGAGGAGGGGGGGCUGUCUGUUUUUCCCUCGCUGAGGGAGGGGUGCGAGGAGGACCUCCCCUUCCCUUCAGGCUCCCUGAGCCCAGAGACAGAAGCCUCGUCUCUACUGAAAAGGCUCCUGCUGUCCCCCCCUAACGUGCCCACGGGCCUGGAGUCACACAAAGAGGGCAGCAGUAGCAGUGUGCAUCGCCAUAGCAGCCGGAGCCUGCAUAUGAAACCUGCCAGGCCUUUGGUUAAGCGUGAAAGCACACAUCAUGAGCGUAAGCCCCGAGCGGUGAGACCAGCUGGACAUCUUUGCACAGAGCUCCACCGGCACCUCACCACUACACAGGAGGCCGAGGACACUCCUUCAGCUGACACAGAGGAGGACGGGGAGGAGGAGGAAGAUGAUGACGAGGAGGACAGUGAGUCCGAGGAGGAAGAAGACGAGGAGGAGACCUCGAGCAGUGAGGGUGAAAGCGCCACCCCGCCUGAGCCCUCCAAGCCCCAGUUCUCCUCUGAGAAAGAACUGCACUCUGUGGUGGAGCUUAUCAAGUACAUGCACACAUACUGCCUCCCCAUGCGCAAGCAGGCCAUCUGGGAGCGCAAGGAGCGCGAGUGCCCAGGCCAGGUACGCAGGGCCAGGCCUGAGUACCCUCCUGCUCGUAUCUCCCCAAACUGUCACAAGGCUGCAACCCACGCCCAGAUCUGCGCCCCUCGGCCGCGCCUCGCCUUUACACGCAGACGGGAGUUCAAAGCCAACUCUCUUCUGCGCGAACUGCUCGAAGCGGUCAAAUCCUUUGACAUGAGCAAGCCUUACAGACUCCACAGCCCCCCCUACACUCAUAACAGAGGAGCUAUCCCCAAACCAGCGCAGGACAGAAAUACUGAGACCCCCAGUCCGGCUGCCCGUUCAACCAAACCAGUGCUUAGAAAAGACUCAGAGAGCGACAGGUCCCUAGAAGCCCCGAGGAGCCCCGAUCUGGAGGACGCGUCUUUCUCUGUCCGCCGCUCCCGCAGGCUCGCCUCUUUCCCCAGCCGCUUCGCCAAAAAGGUGCGUGCGGGCCGGAUGAGGGUGGAGCCUGUGUCGGGAGCCGGGCACCUUGGCGAGGAGGACAUGGCGGUCAAACACCCCAUGGGACACAACCUGGAGAAAGACACCACCACCCCUAACAACAGUACUUCUUCCCAAACCACGGCAGACGCAGCGGAACCCGAUAACGUCUGCUGUCAAAACGUGAAACGCAGCUGCCUCUGUCUGCCGCUGACUUCCAUAUCCACAGGAGAUACCCAGUAUGCCAACAAGCCCUUUGAGCAGACUCUCAGCGUGGACCUGUGUGGCACAGCAGGCCUCACCCCUCCCACCACCCCCCCUCACAAGCCUGUGGAGGACGAGCUUUUCAAGCCUGAGGGAAAAGGAGAGUCGAAGGGUUCUUGGCUCACCCGGGCCAACUCCCGCAAGUUCCCCAAGCAGACCGAACUCUACGCUCAGCUCCGCAAGAUGGGCCAGGCCAGCGAUGCAGAUCCCAAAGUCCACCAGACAUUCGGAGACCACGACUACUGCCUGCUGAGCCUGGGGGAGCGUAGGAAGAGAACCGCCGCCAUGCUGUCCCACUCUCUGUUCGGAUGCUCUUCUUCUGAGGGGCCAGAGCCUAAGGGGGAAUGGGCGCUGGGGGGCGAGAGGUAUGGACAUCAGCGUGAAGACAAACUCUUCUCCAAGGUACCAGAGUACCUGAGUAACGGUACCAGGGCUGACAGCAAGGGGGACGGGCGGAGGGCGACCGUGGCAUCACCCCAAUCAGGAUCGCCCCAUGCUAUAUCACCCCACAAGUCAGAUGAAGAGGGGGAGCGCUCCUCCCUCUGCUCCCGCUCUCCCUCCCCCAUCCUCCACUCCAGCUUCUGCCAGCCCCACUCCCCUAGCAGUAAGCCUGACAUCAGCUGUGAGAACUCUGAAACAUGCCACGGAGACAAGCAGGGGAACAAAAUCUCCAAGUCUGGGAUUCAAAUUGAUGAGGACAACUGCCAAGUGUUCUACAUUCACAACCUGCCGAGCAGCGUCACACAAAGUAUGCUGCGCAAACGCUUCGAGGCCUUUGGCGACCCAGAGGACUGCAAAGUCAUCACCAAAAACGAGGAACGCUGUGGAGUCAUCAAGUUUCGUCAAGCGCCCAGUGGCCAGCAGAUCCAGAAGCACAGACGAGAGCCGCUCUUCCAGAACAGAGGGGGUGGCAUGCACAGGCUCAGCAGGAAGAGAUACAUUGAUCUGGACGAAGCGGGACCAGGGCCGGUAAAGAGCAAGUAUGACGCCCUGGACUUUGACACCCUGCUGAAGGAGGCCCAGAAGAGCCUGCAUCGCUGACGGUGACUCGGCUGGCCUCGCCUUAGAACCCCCGAACCACCCCCAGACUUGCCUCAGUACCUCAACCAAGGCACCUCGUCAUGUUUACAUUUUUAACAUUGGAAUAAGAAACGGACCUUGUCUCUUUCGACUGAGGAUACUUCGGAGGAAGCUAGCAGGGGUUGGAGGGAUGGAGGAAAAAGCAACCAAACAACAUAGAAACUCUCUGAACACAAAAGCUGCUUCCUGUCUGUGUUCAUGACUUAUUUGUGACUCGUCGUCGCCCCAUUGGGAGUGGGCGUGCAGGCGGGCGAGACCUUUGUAGCAAACGUUUCUCCCUCCGUUGGUCAUUGUGGUGUGUGUGUGUGUCUGCGUGUGUGUCGUAUUUUUGUACCCCCUUGGUAACUACUGGUGCAACUGUAAGCUCAGCUGUAUUGGCCGUUACGUCGUACAGUAUAUAACGAGCCUGCUCUAUAUUAGCAAACUUGUGGAUGUUAAAACUAUGUGUGUUAUGACAUAAAAUACAAAAGCAGAAAAAUAAUUUUAUUAACUUAAAAGAGUUUACAAAUCGAAAAUGAAAAGAAAAAAUCUUGUUUUAUGUCAUUUUAGUGCUUCCUUAAUUUAAUCUAUGCACUCUUAACGAGGUAAUAAUGUUUCUUCUCUCGACUUGUACUCUGCCAUGCUAUUGACUGCUUUACUCUGAAGGUUCCCACUGCUGAAGAGAUAGACACAACCUGCUAACACAGCGUUUUCCAAACUCGGUCCUGAGGCCCCCCCUAGGUGCACGUCUAGUUUUUUGCUCUAGCACUACACAGCUGAUUCAAAUAACCAACUCAUCAUCAAGCUUUGAUUAUUUGAGUCAUCUGUGUAGUGCUAGGGCAAAACCCAAAACAUACACCCAGGGGGGGCCAGGAUCAAGUUUGGGAAACGCUGUGCUAACACUAAUCUAGGAUGGCAGACUUCCUAUCCUGCCAACACAUAAAUGGGGUUAUGACAACCAAUGCUAUUAUGUCAUGAAGUAAAGUUCAAGGCAUUUUUACCCUAUGAAAACUCACUCACUCUCAGAAGAAAAUCACAAAAUCCAUCGUAGCCAAUUCUCUCCACUGUUUGUACUGUUGGAACAUGUGAAUCAGUCAGUAAGUCAACUUAUUCAAGCACAGAGUAGAAUCAGACAUUUACUACAAGUUCCAGAUAUACCCUAAACUAUAGUAAUGGAAUGUACACCUGAAUGAUCUGAAUGUAGAGCCCCUGCCUGAAUCCAAAUGAUUAUUGUUAGGAUUAUUGUUAUUAUAUGAAUCCAAGUCUCUGUAUUAUUUAAUAGAGCUCUAAUGCAGCCUGUGUCUUUUGUGAUGCAGCCAGCAGUGUAGCUGAGGGAGAGAGAGUCCGAGGCUCACCAUACAGGGGAACUACCUCUGUAUCUGCUGAUGGUAGAGGUAAUACUACCAUUAACACCUGAGAGAGAGGGGUGGUGGGAUAUCAACUCUGUUGAAGUCUGUUGAAAUUUCCCAGAGGUAUGGAUGGUACAACAUCAGUCAAGCGCGUCAACCCCAUUUGCUCUUCUUCCCUUUCCUUCCCUCUCCUUCCCUCUUACCUCUCCUUCCUUCCCUCUCCUUCCAUCUUCUUCCCUCUCAUUCCCUCUCUUUCCCUCUUCCCUCUCCUUCCCUCUUCCCUCUCCUUCCCUCUCUUUCCCUCUUCUUCUUCCCUCUUCUUCCCUCUCUUUCCCUCUUUCCUCUCCCCUCUUCUUCCCUCUCAUUCCCUCUAUUUCCCUCUUUCCUCUCCUUCCCUCUUCCCUCUCCUUCCCUCUCCUUCCCUCUUCCCUCUCUUUCCAUCUUUUUCCCUCUUUCCCUCUCCUUCCCUCUUCCCUCUCUUUCCAUCUUUUUCCCUCUUUCCCUCUCCUUCCCUCUCCUUCCCUCUCCUUCCCUCUUCCCUCUCCUUCCCUCUCCUUCCCUCUUCCCUCUACUUCCCUCUUCCUUCUCCUUCCCUCUCUAUCCCUAUUCCCUCUCCUUCCCUCUUCUUCUCGGGUUCUCUCCCCCACUUUUUACUCUCUAUCUUCCUUCUACUCUGAAACACUUGUUUACUUCUCCCAAGCUCUCUGAUAGGUGAAGGAGGUCAGCUUGGUUUUCCCACUAAAUCCCCCACUUCUCACCUCGUGGCAAAAAACUCAAAAUAGAUUGUGUGUCAGUUGUUAGAGCCAGUCUCGACCGUGUAUCCAAUGUGUACCUGAGUGAGUCGUCUGUCUGUGUCUCGUGUUUGGGUGAGCGCUGCCAUCGCUGGGGAUCCCAGGGGGAUCCAUGGCCCUCUGGUGUGCUGGGAGACUGAAGACCUCUUCUCUCCCCCUCUUUUUCUUGUUUUCUUAAAGGACCAGGUCCCCCUGUCCUCCGGUCCCUCAAUACUGUGCAGCCUUUCUGUGUGUGGGCAUAGGGCCUCGCGCUGCCCCAGCCUUGGCAAACCCCCUUUCCUUUUUUAUAAGGUUUUAUCCCUGUCUCUCUCUACCCCACAUUUAUCUCAUCUCCUCCUCUUUACCACAUGAAGCUGAAUGUUUACAUCACUGAAUUCUCCUUCCACUUUAUUAGAGCGCACACUAAGUACAAAGACGCCUUAUUCCGUGUUAGAGAGUAUCCUAUCAGGAUAUGCCUUCUUGGCUUACCCUAGAAGGUGUACAGAAUUUUUUUUAUGACAAUUUAGUGCUAUACAUACUGAUUGAGAAAUGAGUUGUCAUCUGAAAAACCCCUUACUAAUCAAUAGAAGAAAAGCUGAAAGAAUAUUUGUGCUUAGUAUGUAUACUACUAAACAGUGAGAGAAUGUGCAGGUUUACACAAUACAAUAUAUAUGAUAUAAUAUGUGUAUAUAUGAUAGAAUAUGUGUAUAUAUGAUAUAAUAUGUGUAUAUAGCACUAUGUCUAGUGUAAACAUGAAAUGUGUCGUUGUGUCUAUACAGCGUGCAUUAUAAAGGUGGUGGGUCACGAUCGCAAAUCAGACUGGCAAGGAUAAUCUGUUUAAAGAUGCAAGGUUGAACAAUACAGGAAGUCAUUUAUGCUGAAAUGACUUGACUCAAGGCAAGCACUGUUGUAUAAAGUUAUCCCUUUAGAUAUGCUAAGGUUUGAUUUAUUUUUUUUAAUUGCAAAAUAUUUUUGAUGGUUUUUCUUUUUUUUAACGCAAUUGAGAUGCAAUACAUAUAUCUAUGAGAUUGGAAGGAGUUAUUUCAGUGGUUGGUUGUUAAAAUAUGACAGGAAUUGGAAGGAGUUAUUUCAGUGGCUGGUUGUUAAAAUAUGACAGGAAUUGGAAGGAGUUAUUUCAGUGGCUGGUUGUUAAAAUAUGACAGGAAUUGGAAGGAGUUAUUUCAGUGGCUGGUUGUUAAAAUAUGACAGGAAUUGGAAGGAGUUAUUUCAGUGGUUGGUUGUUAAAAUAUGACAGGAAAUGGAAGGAGUUAUUUCAGUGGUUGGUUGUUAAAAUAUGACAGGAAUUGGAAGGAGUUAUUUCAGUGGCUGGUUGUUAAAAUAUGACAGGAAUUGGAAGGAGUUAUUUCAGUGGCUGGUUGUUAAAAUAUGACAGGAAAUGGAAGGAGUUAUUUCAGUGGUUGGUUGUUAAAAUAUGACAGGAAUUGGAAGGAGUUAUUUCAGUGGCUGGUUGUUAAAAUAUGACAGGAAAUGGAAGGAGUUAUUUCAGUGGCUGGUUGUUAAAAUAUGACAGGAAAUGGAAGGAGUUAUUUCAGUGGCUGGUUGUUAAAAUAUGACAGAGGCAAUCCUUGAAAACAGAUCCUGUAAAUUGACAAAUAAUAAUAAUGUGGUCAGUAAUUGUUGACAUCCAAAAAGUAAUGUAUCAAAACGUUAGAACAUGAAAAAAGCCCCAAAUAGUGAAAUAUCUGUUCACAACUGUUCACAAGGGAACUCAAUCUAUUAGUAACACAUGCUGUUGGGACACAGGUUGUUCAACAUUUUGAAUUUCACUGGACACUUAAUAAUUGGUAACUUGUGAACAUGUAAAACUCAUUUUGGAGAGGGGGAAAGAAAGCAGUCCAUGUGCGUUUAGCCCCUUUUGUAUUUUGGGAAUACUUGAUGCCAGCAGUGUGCUUCCAUCAGUAGAACUGACAGCAAACAGCAAAUUCUCACGAGAGAGCCUUAAAACAAUAGGAAACAGCUAAAUCUAUCACUGUUAUUACUGCUCUAGCUCCUUUCAAAUCCAAUGUGUUUUAUUCAUUACUGAAGUAAUUCAACAUUUUUCAAUACAUACAGCCAUAUUAUAAAAGGUACAGUGCAUUCAGAAAGUAUUCAGACCCCUUCCCUUUUUCCACAUUUUGUUACAUUAAAGCCUUAUUCCAAAAUGGAUUAAAUAAAUAAAACAUCCUCACCAAUCUACACACAAUACCCCAUAAUUAAAGCAAAAACAGAUUUCGAGAAAAUGUUGCACGUUUUUUUUUUUAAACAACUUCAGAAAUAAUUUUUAUUUUAUUUACCUAAGUAUUCAGACCCUUUGCUAUGAGACUCGAAAUUGAGCUCAGGUGCAUCCUGUUUCCAUUGAUCAUCCUUGACAUGUUUCUACAACUUGAUUAGAGUCCACCUGUGGCAAAUUCAAUUGAUUGGACAUGAUUUGGAAAGCCACAUGCUUGUCUAUAUAAGGUCCCACAGUUGACAGUGCAUGUCAGAGCAAAAACCAAACCAUGAGGUCGAAGGAAUUGUCCGUAGAGCUCCGAGACAGGAUUGUGUCGAGGCACAAAUCUGGGAAGGGUACCAAAAAAUGUCUACAGCAUCGAAGGUCCCCAAGAACACAGUGGCCUCCGUCAUACUUAAAUGGAAGAAGUUUGGAACCACCAAGACUCUUCCUAGAGCUGGCCGCCAGGCCAAACUGAGCAAUUGGGGGAGAAUGGCCUUGUUCAAGGAGGUGACCAAGAACCCGAUGGUUACUCUGACAGAGCUCCAGAGUUCCUCUGUGGAAAUAGGAUAACUUUCCAGAGGGACAACCAUCUCUGCAGCACUCCACAAACCAGGCCUUUAUGGUAGAGUGGCCAGAUGGAAGCCACUCCUCGGUAAAAGGCACAUGACAGCCCGCUUGGAGUUUGCCAAAAGGCACAUAAAGGACUCUCAGACCAUGAGAAACAAGAUUGAACUCUUUCGCCUGAAUGCCAAGCUGGAGAAAACCUGGCACCAUCCCUACGGUGAAGCAUGGUGGUGGCAGCCUUAUGCUGUGGGGAUGUUUUUCAACGGCAUGGGCUGGUAGACUAGUCGAGGGAAAUAUGAACAGAGCAAAGCACAGAGAGAUCCUUGAUGAAAACCUGCUCCAUAGCGGGGGAAAAGGUUCACCUUCCAACAGGACAACAACACUAAGCACACAGCCAAGACAACGCAGGAGUGGAUUUGGGACAAGUCUAUGUAUGUCCUUUAGUGGCCCAGCCAGAGCCCCGACUCGAACCCGAUCAAACAUCUCUGGAGAGACCUGAAAAUAGCUGUGCAGCAACGCUCCCCAUCCAACCCGAAAGAGCUUGAGAGGAUCUGCAUAGAAGAAUUGGAGAAACUCCCAAAAUACAGGUGUGCCAAGCUUGUAGCGUCAUGCCCAAGACUCGAGGCUGUAAUCGCUGCCAAAGGUUUUUCAACAAGGUGCUGAUUAAAAGGUCUGAAUACUUAUGUAAAUGUAAUAUUCUUUAUUUUUUUUAAAUUGUGCUAAAAUGUCAAACUGUUUUUGCUUUGUCAUUAUGGGGUAUUGUGUGUAGAUUGAUGAGGAAGAAAAGCUAUUUAAUUAAUUGUAGAAUAAGGCUGUAACAUAACAAAAUGUGGAAAAAAGGGAAGUUCUGAAUACUUUCGGAAUGUACUGUAUAUACAUAUGAAUAUAUAUUUGUGUUUGUGUAGAUAUUUUAGAUUAUUAUAUACUUUCUUAUUGAAAACUUUGAUGUUGACCAUUUUCCUCAGUGUUUCAGAGCACUUCGACACAUUUCAACAACUAGCCUGCUAUCCGUCUAGGAUUUGUUUGAUUGAGAGAUGAUCCAAAUUGAACUCCUUCCAAAGGGAACCCUCAUCAGAACAGAAAGCAAUACUUUCUUUCCAAUCUUCAUUUCAGAAAAUAGGGCAAAUUGACCAAAAACUAUAUUUGAUGUUGGCUUGAAAUUUUAUUUGGAGUGCCUCGUCAGGUUGAUUUCUAAAUGUCAUAAUCCAGCUACAUUGCCCACACAAAUACACGAUAUAUACAAAAGUAUGUGGACAAUCCUUCAAUUUAGUAGAUUCGGCUAUUUCAGCCGCACCCGUUGCUGACAGGUGUAUAAAAUCAAGCACACAGCCAUGCGAUCUCCAUAGACAAACAUUGGCAGUAGAAUGGCCUUACUGAAGAGCUCAGUUACAUUUCAAUGUGGCACCAUCAUAGGAUGCCAUCUUUCCAACAAGUCAGUUCGUCAAAUUUAUGCCCUGCUAGAGCUGCCCAGGUCAACUGUAAGUGCUGUUAUUGUGAAGUGGAAACGUCUAGGACCAACAAUGGCGCAGCCACAAAGUGGGAGGCCACACAAGCUUACAGAACGGGACAGCCGAGUGCUGAAGCGCGUAGCGCGCCAAAAUUGUCUGUCCUCGGUUGCAACACUCACUACCAAGUUCCAAACUGCCUCUGGAAGCAACGUCAGCACAAUAAUAGCUGACUAUUUGUCGGGAGCUUCAUGAAAUGGGUUUCCAUGGCCGAGCAGCCUCACACAAGUCUAAGAUACGCAAUGCUAAGCAACGACGGACAAAUCUGGGUUUGGCGGAUGCCAGGAGAACGCUACCUGCCCCAAUGCAUAGCGCCAACUGUAAAGAUUGGUGGCGGAGGAAUAAUGGUCUGGGGCUGUUUUUCAUGGUUCUGGCUACAACCCUUAGUUCCAGUGAAGGGAAAGCUUAACGCUACAGCAUACAAUGAUAUUAUAGACGAUUCUGUGCUUCCAACUUUGUGGCAACAGUUUGGGGAAGGCCCUUUCCUGUUUCAGCAUGACAAUGCCCCCAUGUACAAAACAAAGUCUGGAUAGAAAUGGUUUGUUGAGAUCAGUGUGGAGGAACUUGACUGGCUUGUACAGAGUCCUGACCUCAACCCCAUCGAACACCUUUAGGAUGAAUUGGAACGCUGUAUGCGAGCCAGGCCUAGUCGCCCAACAUCAGUGCCCGACCUAACUAAUGCUCUUGUGGCUGAAUGGAAGCAAGUUCCAACAUCUAGUGGAAAGCAUUCCCAGAAGAGUGGAGGCUGUUAUAGCAGCAAAGGGGGGACCAACUUCAUAUUAAUACCCAUGAUAUUGGAAUGAGAUGUUUGACGAGUAGGUGUCCACAUACUUUUGGUCAUGUAGUGUACAUAUUUAAGUUUUCACAUUUAAUUUAAUAGGAAAAUAUUGUAUCUUUAAACUCCCCACCACGUUAAUAAAAAGCCCUAUGGACAGAAAGUGCUUGCUAUACUGGUCCUAUAUAGGCCAUUGAAUCAUCACGGAUCACUGUAUUCUGGAUGUAAAUGAUUAUGUCUGCACUACUACUAGUCGUGUGUAUCAAUGUUUUUUUGUAUCUUAGGCAGACAGAUGGGAACGUGAUGUAAAUGGUUACUUCGGGUGCUGCAAACUGUCACAAUCUAGCUAGCUGUGUGUUGGUCUUUGGUGGAAGAAAAACAGACAGAAAAGGGCAUACAUUGUUUGUUUUGUGUUUUUAUUUCUAGUUCAUUUUGUUCUAUUUACAUCUAAUGACUAUCAAAAUCAUUUUUUAACUUAGUUUUUGGUAAAUGGUAAAUACUAGUAAGAUUUUAUAUUUUUUACAUAUGUUUGUUGUACUUUGCGUUCAUUCUUUUUAUUUAUACGCCACUUAGUUUGGAUGUCUUUUUCUGUUUUGUGGGAUUUCCUAUGUGUUGAGAAUUUAGAGACAAAAUGCAUUUCAGUAUUUUUGAAUUGUUAAAAUCUAGUUUCAUAGAUACAUUUAUCUAUAGGGGAAAUUAUCUGAUGUUAUAAAUUAUAUUUUAAUUCAUGUAAAUAGACUAUGGCUUCCUUUUUAACUGAAUACAUUUCUCUUCAGAGAUUGUUUACAUUAUUAAACUGUAGAAAUUUUCCUCAUAUACUGUAAAAAGUACAUAUUCAUUGAUUUGCCUCCCAAAAAUAAAAUCCUAAUGAACAACGUCAAGGUUUGGACAUGACA